AUGAAGCAUUCCGUCUUCGCUCUGCUGAUGGGUAUCGCAGCAACAGCUGCGGUACCCACGCACCGGCGGUCAUCGCCGACUUAUUUCUUCACUUUUGGUGACUCUUAUUCGAUGACGAGUUUCGAUGUCGAAGGCACACAGCCAUCAGCUUCAGAUCCAAUGGGAAACCCUGCGCUCGGGACUGGGGCUACUGGAGGUGGCAUCAACUGGAUCGGAUACUUGACCACUGUAGACAACGCCUCUCUCGUUCUAAGCUACAACUUGGCUAUUGGCGGUGCAACAAUUGACAAUGCUAUCCUGAACUCCGGAUAUCCAGACAUGACGAGUCAAGUUGCCACAUUCCAAGGGAACUACAGCACCAAACCUGCUACAGCUCCUUGGGCUUCUACUGAUACCGUCUUUGGUUUCUGGAUUGGAGUCAACGACGUCGGUUGGGGCUUCGGCGGCUACAAUGCCAGCGUUCUCGUCCCAACGCUCAUGGCCCAGUACAGGUCCCUCGUCGAGGAAAUCUAUGCAGAUGGCGGGCGCAAAUUCCUAUUUCUGAAUGUCCCUUCAGUGAGCCGGAGUCCAUACAUCCUCGACCAAGGGGAAAGUGUUUCAGAAAGUCACGCCGCGUGGACUACUGUGUAUAAUGACGGGCUCGCCACAAUGCGCGCAGAAUUCGUUGCUGCUCAUAACGAUGUCGAGACUGUUCUCUACGAUUCCUGGAGUUUCAUGACCAAGAUCUUGGAUAACCCCACGGCAUACGGAUAUCCGAACGCCACUUGUAUCAAUGACGAUGGGGAAAGCUGUGUCUGGUGGAAUAACUAUCACCCCGGGCAGAAGUACCACAGACUGCAGGCGGCUGAUAUGAAGCAAUCCCUACAUCUGUUCGGGGCGUGGUAG